AUGACAGGACCAAAGAAACUCUGGGGCGGCCGAUUUACUGGCGCAGUCGAUCCUUUGAUGGACGCUUUCAAUGCAUCUAUUCAUUUUGAUAAACGCAUGUAUGCAGCUGAUUGUAUUGGUUCUAUUGCAUAUGCAAAAGCGCUUGCCAAGAAUAAUAUCAUCUCUCAAGAAGAAGGAGACAAGUUGGUCGAAGGACUGCAAGCUGUCAUGGAAGAAUGGGAUCAAGGAAAAUUUGUGAUCAAGGAGGGUGAUGAAGAUAUUCAUACUGCAAACGAACGUCGUCUAGGUGAACUCAUUGGUCCCGUGGCUGGUAAGCUCCAUACAGGCCGAUCUCGUAAUGACCAAGUGGCUACCGACAUGCGUAUCUGGUUACGUGAAGAAGCAUCCAGCAUCUUGGCUCAUCUCAAAGAACUCAUUCAAAUUGUUGUGGCUCGUGCCGAAAAGGAAGUGGAUGUCAUUCUGCCCGGUUAUACUCACUUGCAGCGUGCACAGCCUAUUCGUUGGUCCCAUCUUUUGUUGUCCUAUGCUUGGCUUUGGCAAUCAGAUGCAGAACGUCUCGAACAGCUCAUUGAUCGAUUUAAUGUAUUGCCUUUAGGCUCUGGUGCUCUUGCCGGUCAUGUAUUCAACAUCGAUCGUGGUUUCUUGGCUAAAGAACUUGGAUUUAGAGAUUACAUCCACAACUCUCUAUGUGCCGUCAGUGAUCGUGACUUUGUUGCUGAAUUUCUCUUUUGGGCAAGCUUGACCAUGACACAUAUCUCUCGUAUAGCUGAAGAUUUAAUCAUUUACUCAAGCAGUGAGUUCGGCUUUGUCAAGUUGGCGGAUGCUUAUAGUACAGGAUCAAGCUUAAUGCCUCAGAAAAAGAAUCCUGAUAGUUUGGAACUAUUGCGUGGAAAGUCUGGACGAGUAUUUGGAAAUAUGUCUGGUUUCAUGAUGACCUAUAAGGGCAUUCCAAGCACUUACAACAAAGACCUUCAGGAAGAUAAAGAACCCAUGUUUGACGCUGCUGACACUCUAUCUGGUUCUCUUCAAAUUACUGCUGGUGUGUUAAGCACAAUGACCAUAUUCCCCGAAAAGAUGAAAUCUAGCCUAAGUUCAGACAUGCUGGCAACUGAUUUGGCAGAAUAUCUUGUUCGUAAGGGAGUGCCUUUCCGUGAAACACAUCAUAUAUCUGGUGCUGCUGUCAAGAUGGCAGAGGAUCGUGGAUGCUCAAUCAGUGAUCUAAGUGUUACCGAUCUUCAAAGCCUACAUGCUUCUUUUGAACAAGAUGUUGAAAAGGUAUGGAGUUUUGAAACAAGUAUCGAGAACCGUAAUACUCCUGGAGGAACAGCAAAAUCUUCGGUAUUAGAACAAGUUAAGCUAUUGAAGUCAUGGCUUUCUUCAAAACAAGUUAAAUAA